UCGUGUAAGCGAAGACCAUCAGUGGGUAGUCGUAUAAAACGAAGGGGAAUGGCAGAGCGAUUAUGCGGAUUUACGUCCAAUUCAUGGCACAACCGCUAAGUUUUAUGUAGGGUCUUGACUACCAUCGAUAUCUUCAAUGGCUGAGAAGUCAGACUGGGUUGAAAUUAUUGAGCCCCGCUCAGGGGAACCAAUGUAUGCCAACCUCAAAAGUGGUCAGUGUUUAUGGGAACCUCCUGUGGGAGUACAAGUGAGGGAAGCAAAUGACAGCCAAUGGUGGGAGCUGUAUGACCAGAAGACGCGGCGCUAUUACUAUUACUGUGGUGGAACGCAGUCUACAGUUUGGCAUAAACCAAAAGAUUCUGAGAUAAUUCCACUUGCCAGACUCCAGACACUGAAAGCAAGGGAAAAGCGCAGGGCAGCUAAAGCCAAAGAAUUGGAAAGGAAGGAAGGUUCAACCAGGCGUGAAGGCUCAGAGCGAAGAAGGAGAGAAGGAAGUCUUAGGAAAGAGGGUAGCAGUAGCCAUGGUGAUGGUUCCUCAUCAAGAAGGGAAAGUAGUGGAAGAAAGGAUGGGGUGUCAAGGGAGGGCUCCUCCUCUCGUCAGCGUGGAAGCAGUAGAGAAAAGAGAGAAAGAACAAGCUCAAGAGAGCAUAGGAAGAACAAUGCAGAGGCGAGUGCAAAAAAUGAGGCUUUAGAUAGCAAACAGUCAAAUGCUGAAGAUGAAACCAUCUUGAAGGCUAUCCCUGUUGCAAACGGAACAGACCAGGAGCCUGAUGAGGACAUACUAACUGCAGAGGUUGCUGAUGAAAGCUGCCAAGAGGCUAGCGAAGAAGCUUCAGGCAUUUCUGAAAAUGGCUUGGAUGAACGAAAAUCACCUGAGCUUUCUUUACCAGAAGUUGACGUGCCUGCUCCUAAUGUACCCUCAGGUGAUAUUGAAGAAGGUGGCAGAGGGACUAUUACAGAUGACGAAGGGCAGUUGACUCCAUCUGGAACUUUGUCAAGGCAUGCACAUUUAGAUGACUCCUGUGAUGACCACUUGAGUCCCUCUGGAACUAUUGAGCGAGCACGGCAAUUAGUGGAAAGUGCAUCCAGAAGCAUUUUAGCCAACAGAGCUGCACAGAACUUGGACAGAGAGAAUGACUCUGUAUUUGUUGAUGGCAAAAAGCCCAUUGUCUCUAAUAAAGGACACCAGGACAUUUUAGAUGAUUCUCUUAGCAUUAAACUCAGAGCAGGUGGGAUGCCAGCCACCACAGCACGCCUUGUAGAGGCCUGUGCCCCACACACCCUUAAUGAGAGCCACAAAAGUGUCCGUUCACUCAGACAUCAGAGGCAAGUGAGCGACAGUGUUUUGAAAGAUUUGAGAGGUGACGACGACGACGAUGAUGAUGACGAGGUGGAAACAAAGUCAGUUGGCACACCAAGCACUUUGCCACGCCUUAGUCGGCCAUCUUCGAUUGCCUCACCAGCCACUGGCGCGUCAAAACACAACACUUUGGAACGUUCACAUUCCAUCCCCGGUUCGAAGCCUCCACUUAUGCGAGCUUUUGGUGCUUAUGAAGAGUACUUCAAUCACCAUAAGAAAGGUGUCUUCAGACGGAAGAGAAUAUCCUUAACAAGCAUGAUGUCUUGGUCAAAGGUGCCGAUUAAAAAGCCUCUAAUCCUAAUACAAGAUAGGCAAUUGAAGAAGGAUGCAAUUGAUACCUUUAAACUGAUUCUUGGCUAUAUGGGCGAUCGAUCAAUCAAAGGGAAAACUCCAGAUAGGCUGGCUCUGGAACUCACCACCAAGGGCUGGAACACUCCCAUAUUACGGGAUGAGAUUUACUUACAACUUUGUAAACAGACCACUGACAACUUUAGGCCGGAGAGUUUGCGCAGUGGCUGGGAGCUGAUGGCAAUUUGCCUUGCACUGUUUCCUCCUUCUAGCAAGUUUCACUCGUACUUAGAAGGGUAUAUCAACAGAAACUUGGAGGACAUCGAACGGAAAGAGAUUCCUGUUCAGACCCCUGUUCCUCAUUAUGUCAGGCAUUGCUCCGUAAGACUCAAAAGAAUGUCUAGAACUGGCGCAAAGCGCGGCCUUAGGAAACCAAGCGUCGAGGAAAUUCAACAGGCGAAGUCCUCCGUGUUCAACCCGUCCAUGUUUGGCGCUACCCUUGAGGACAUCAUGGGAGCGCAGGCCAAGCGUUUCCCUUCACUCAAACUGCCAUGGAUUUUACCAACCUUAGCUGAAUCGGUGCUGCAGCACAAUGGUUCUUCAACGGAAGGUAUUUUCAGGGUCCCUGGAGACAUCGACGAAGUGAACUCCCAGAAAAUCAAGCUUGACCAAUUGAAGGUUCCCACAGAGAUCACAGACCCCCAUGUACCCGCAUCACUUCUGAAACUUUGGUUCAGAGAGCUCCACGAACCUCUCAUACCGGAACAGUUUUAUGAAAGGUGCGUUAACAACUGUGAUGACCCUACGGUGGCUGUGGCACUGGCGAUGUCUCUUCCUGAAGUCAACAGACUCGUUCUCUCAUAUCUCAUUAGAUUUUUACAGAUUUUUUCACUUCCCAAUCAGAGCGUUAUAACAAAGAUGGAUGAAAAUAACUUGGCUAUGGUUUGGGCGCCAAACUGCCUUCGAUGUCCCUCAGACGAUCCCAAGGAAAUAUUUGAGAAUACGCGGAAAGAAAUGACUUUCAUGAGAACGCUUAUUCGGCAUCUUGACACAACUUUCAUGGAAGGAGUACGUUAACACGAAAAUAAGAACAACUCGUACAGUAGUGCCAGUCCUUAACCCUGGGACACCGAGAACAAGACCAUCACAUGGCAACGACAAGUCUUGACAACUAAGUGAGCUGGCGGUUUUAUUUCGCGUAGUUGUUAUGCAACGCAAGGUACUGGAACGACCUUGCGUCGGGGGUUUCGUUAAGAAGAAGUGGAACUCUUCGAAUGCCUUAGUAGAGAUUUACCAGAGCCCAUAGCUCGAUUCCUCGACUUGUAAGACUGGUGCUCAGCAUGGAUACGACUCGUCUGGCUGAAGAUUUUUCUUGUAAAUAUUUCUUGUAAAUGACUCAAUCGAACUUGGUUCGAAAGAAGGCAAAAAAGGUUAAAAUUUACCUAGGUCAAUUUGCUAAAAUAAAAAGCAACCACAGAAAACAACAAAAAUGAAAAGAAAACAAGAACGAUGUCACCCUAACCAACAUACAGCUAAAGGUUCCCUUUCUGUUGAACAAAUUGAGGUGGAAAACGUAAUCUUCUGUUUUUAUUCGAAAACAUCGCGAAAGCGUAGUUUUAGACGCGAAGUAAGCUUUGUAGAUAUGAAUAAAAUUCUAAUUAUUAGACGAU